UCGCACAACCUUCACAGGCAAGCGCCGUCGAGACCGACUCCACUUUUGAAUAGCCGCUCCCGCCAUUCAUCUAGGUCAUUUUUCACCGUUAAAGUCAAAAAAGGGUAGAACACCAUGUCGACCUUUUCAAAAAACAAGAUGAAAUCCGCCGUUGAGCUCAGAACGAUGCCGCACGAAACCCUGUGCGAUGUCUACGUCUGUUUCGAAGACAUCGGGCUUACAAGCGCCAGGUUACUCUUUUCUUCAACUCGGUCCUUUUCUAGCUCAUCCAAAUGUUCUCUGUGCACGUCUCUAAAGCACUGGUCGGUCCUGGUGUGUUAUGAUGACCUAACGUUUCUUUGCGAAGCCACCGAAGUUGGAGGCAAGCUGAAGUCGUACUUGCGUCUGUUGCCUGAAAAGAAUCAAACGAUGUGGGAGCGGAUGACCCCAAAGGUGCACCUUGGCAAGUAUAACCUUCCAAAGGCCCGACUUAUGGAAGUCAUGGCACUCUUGAAUGAGAACGAAGAUUACAACCUGUUCACAAACAACUGCAAGCACUGGACGAAGAAACUGCUGAAAGAACUUGGCAUAGACUUGGACAAUGCGUCCUUCAUGAAGACGCCGAAUUUCAUCGAUCGCUGUUUGCACUGGCUAAUGGACUUGGAGUCCAUCUAGCUCUCCUUCAAUUGCACGUUUCUCUGACGACUGGCAAAGAUGACGGAAACCAGCCCAACUCCGGUGCGCCACUCAGCGGUUUCAUGUCAAGAUUACGAGUUGGUCUUAAAGAAAACGUAAACGAAGGACUGAUAUUGACAUCACUCCUUCGGACGCAUGUAAAUUGUCAAACUACAGUUGUAAGAAAUAUAAGCGGGAACAGCCCAUCGGCCUUGUUGCUGUGACUGUAGAGUCUACAACCGUCAUAAUCUCAAUUUCUCAGAGUUAAAAGACAGAAGCCCAAACUUUAAGUUUCAGCCCUAGUUUAGAGCCGAACGUUAAUAACGACAGAAAAGUGCUCCAAAUAUACGUGAGAGGCUGUUCUCUCUCAUAUAUCUUACGUCUGUUCAGUGGCUGGCGAUAAGAGCUGGAAUCUUUGAGCGUCAGCCAGGCAGUAAAAGCCAAGCAGUCCACUCUCUGUCUCAGCUUUAGUCCAGACGUAGCCGACACUACGAGUACGAACUGACGGAAUCAGUCAGACAAUGCUACAAGCGCACCGUGAUGGCUUUCUGUGUGUUUUUGGACGUGUUCUAUUAUGAAUGAAUACC